UCUCCUCCGCUGUCCACUGCGGACACGCCCCCUCUGGUUUCAGGAAGCGGAAGCAGGAAUGUUGUAGGGUUUUCAGAAAAGUUUGGAGGAGUUUGACAGUUUGGACCAGAGACACAAACUGCGGAGAAACAUGACGGUGUGUUACCUGUUGCUGAUGUUGCUGUAGAGGUUUCAGUCUCCUCUGACUGACUGACUGACUGGUCUCAACCAGACACACAGAAAGGCAGAUAUGGAGAGUGGAUCUCUGGAAAUGGACACCAGCACUGCUCCAAAUCCCAGAGUGCAGUCAGGCCGCUGCUUAGCCGGCCUGCGGCGUCGGGCCUGGGCCCGGAGUAGAGACUCCAUCUGGCAGGAAUCAGUAGCAGAGAGCUGUGGCCCCCAGGAGCCCAAACAGAACGAAAUGGAUGUGGAAGAACAAAGACCCUCAGAAGAACCAGAGCGAGUUCCUAACAAGAUCACCAGCUGGCUGAUUGAAUGCAGGACUCCCAUCGGAGCCUCUUUAGAUGAGCAGAGUGCUUCUCCAAGCAAAGGAGUGCUGAAGAACGGCUGCAGCUUUGAAGAUGACCUUUCACUGGGAGCUGAAGCCAACCAUCUUCAGUCCAAUAACGAUAAAACUGAAUCCUGUUUUGUUCUUGCGGCGGAUCAGAAGAGGAGUCAGUAUAAAGAGAGAGCAAGAAGUAUGAACUCCACAGGAUCAGGGAAGAGCAGCACUGUGUCCAGUGUGUCAGAGCUGCUUGACCGGUACGAGGAGGACCCUGAAGAAAUCCUAUUAAAUCUUGGUUUUGGUCGAGAAGAACCCGACCUAGCCUCAAAGGUUCCCUCCCGUUUCUUCAGCAACACCUCUACAGCGCGAGGCAUAGACAUCAAGGUCUACCUGGGAGCUCAGCUGCAGCGAAUGGAAGUGGAAAACCCCAACUACGCUCUGACUAGUCGUUUCCGUCAAAUCGAGGUCUUGACUACAGUAGCUAACGGGUUUUUCCAGCUUUACAGUCAGGUCUCUGGUCAGCCUGUCCAACCCAUCAGCUCCAGGGACCAAGCUGGAAACGGAGGAGAAAGAGGGGGAGAUGAGUCCUCUACUCCUCUGAGGAGGACCGGCUCGGCUCGAGACGUCGCCACACUCCUCAAGAAAACCCUCAGCAAACACAACCUGUAUGCAGCCGCCUCCGAGUCGCCUGAAGCACACAAGUCCGACCAACACACACAGCCGAACGGACACGCAACCCCUGAUCACACACACACCAACGGUCACACACACCCAGGUCCAGAAGAGGACGGCUGCAGUACAGUCUCCGACCAGCAGGCAGAGACUGUCAACCAGAAACCCAUGCGCAAGAAAGACAGCUAUUCCCUGGCAACGGUUACCGAGGAAAUCAACGGAGAUGGAGACGACAGCCAUGAACAGAACAAACCUGCACCAGCAGCCAAUGGAGAGCAUCGACCAGAAUCUGACUCUCAGUCAACCAGUCGGAGAAUAGAAGAAGGAUCCCAGGUGGUCAAAGAGGAGGAGGAGAACCUGACCUCUACCCCAGAGAAAGCCCAUCCUACCCUGGCUCCGCUCCAGCUGGCCCAGCUUCGCAUGGAAAACACAGACUCUUUCGACAUGGAGGAGAUUCAGAGUAACGAAGAUGAGGCUCUGCCACCUAAAACUUCCAGAGCCACUGAUCUGUUAAGGACAGUCAGUCAGCAGUCAGACAGCAGUGGUUUUGCUGAGGAGCCCUCCGCCGACUCCAACAGCAACCUCAAGGUGCAGGAGAGCAGUGACAGCUGUGACAGUGAGAUCACUGUGACAUCACACCCCUCAUUGGAUGUGGCCACGCCCCUCGCAAUGGACCAACCAGCAUUCAACCUGCCAGAUGGCAGAGAGGAAGAGUCGGGGACUGCUAGUGAUGCUGGGGCUGAUGGGACUUCAGAGCAGGUUCCACAGUACUCAGCCCACCACCUCCCAAGGAACAAACUUGAGGAAACGCAGCAGGAUAAUACCCAGGAGGAGGAGCUAGUUGAGAGUGGGGACCAGACGGAUCAUGAACCAGAACCAGAACAGGAGAUUUCUCAAAGUUUGUACGCUGUAGAACAAGAACCUCAACACACCCAGAACCAGACCGAGACAGCUACAGACACAGAACCAACCAAAGAGGGAGUGGGUGCUAAGGACGAGGCCCAAGAAGACAAUCCAUUCUUGGAAGAUUCUUCACUUUGUCCACCUCCUGCUCCAUCCUCUCCAGUUCUAAGCGCUCUGAUUCGAGCCAAACGGAGCCAGCUGACUUGGGGUGGACAGCAGGUUGACCCCCAGUCCGCCGAUUUGUCCCAAGUCCCUGGCAGAGGACGAGGAAGACGCGGCGUACCUAUGCAGCGGUCGUCUUCCCUGCCCUCCUCGCUCCUCUCGCCCUCCAGGGUCGUGUCCUCUGUCAGGAUCCAGUUUGGUCAAGGUCAGGUGUCCUGCACGCAGCCCAGUUUCUCCUUCAAAUACAACCAGGAGGCCGAAGGGGACGGGGAAGAGGUAGAGGAGGAGGAAGGACAAACCAACUGUCUGUCUACCCUGAUUAUAAACCCCACUUCCUCGUCUGGCUCUAUCACCCAACCACCAAGGCUUCCCACAGAGGCUCCCAUCCCACCUAAACCUAUCCCACGCCACCUGUUGCGGUCAACCUGUUCCCUGCAGAGCUGCAGCCCUCCUCCACCAGGAGGACCUGCCCACUCCUGGAGCACCCAGAGUGUUCCUGAUCUCUCCUCCAAUCAGCGGCAGCCGGGCCAGUUCCAACAGAACAUUAGCACCAACCAAAAUCAACAAAAUUGGAAUCCAGGACAGAUGAUGUUCCGUUGUCCUUAUCCUAAUCCUAACGCUGAGUAUGUUAACCCAAGUCCCAAUCCUAGUCCCAGCCUUAACGCCAGCCCAUACCCCUUCACGCUGAACCCUCUUCCACAGUACCUUGCCCCUCCCCAUCCAUACGCCAGUCUUCCUAACAUACUUCACCACCGCAACUUGUCCCACCAUUCUAGUCUAAACAGUCUCUACCAACCUACAACUCCCACAAUGCCCCAGCACAACAACUUCUCCAACUUGCAUCAGCCCUCUACUUCCACGGUACCUCACCACGUCGGUCUCGGCAGCCUGCAUCCGAGAACUCCAGCAAUGCCCCAACAGGGCUACAAUCAUCUAUACACCCAUCAGUCACCCUACCAUGCUACUCCUAAUGGCUCACAGUUUGCCUCGCCCUAUCUUGGCUACCAAGGGUACAACACAAACCCCAACCUGGCGUUUCCCCACCUGGCCCCAGAACACAGCCUCCAUCUGGGGUUUGCUCCUCCUGCUCCAGGUUUCUUGCCAGACCUGGCCUCAACCCUAAACCCAGGUCACAGCCUCCAGCCGGGGCUGGCUCCUUAUGUUGCUCAAGGUCCGGGUUCCGGCCAGGGCAUGUCCAGCACUGAGAUGCAACUCAGGAGAGUUCUGCAUGACAUCAGAGGAACGGUUCAGAGUCUGAGCCAGAACCAAGCCAACACUCCAGACGUGUUCAGGGAGCACAGAGCAGCUCUGCCCAGCCACCAGUCUUUGGCAGAGUUUAAGCAGAAGAGGCAGAGUCUAAACUUGUUCCGCAGUCAGAUGAUGGACCUAGAACUGUCAAUUAUCCGACAGCAGGCCCUGGUCUACAAACAUCUGAGCCCUGCCGACAGGAUGGAGAUGGAGCAGCUCCAGUCUCUGAGGUCGGCGGUCAGAGAGGAACUGCAGGAGCUGGAACAACAGCUGGAAGACAGACUGAUGGAGGUGACACAUCACACACAACACAGGAGUCUCCACAGAGACGGCAGUGUUGACAGCCUGUCCACCGCCUCUGCGCUGAGAGCCAUGGAGCCGGUGUCAGACCUGCUCAGAGAGCAGCUCUACCUUCAAUCUGAGCUCAGCUACGACGGUAACGCCCCCUCCACCAACUGCUCCUCCCGAUCCUCCAGUCCAGUCCGAGGAGGAAGCGGAGAGCAGAGAGGAGGCGUGUACCGGGCAUCAAUUAACAUAAACCCUGCCCCCCCGCCUCGACCCAACACACACACUGAGGAAGAGAAGGAGGGAGAGAGGGAGGGAGAGAGGGAUGGAAGAGAAGGAGAAGGAGGAGAAGUACAAGAGGAGGAGGGAGCAGCAGGAGAAGGCAGAGUGGGGAACCUGCAGCAACUUAUCAGAGAGAUUCGAGAAAGCGUGGCGCAAGAGGUCCGACAGGAGAUCUACAGCGAGCUGCUGGCUGCCGUGUCGCCAAAGCGAUCACCCCUGCCCGGCAAGAAACACCAGCAGUAAUCGCAACAGCAAUGCACCGCCUCCUUUCACCUUCAGCCUUAGUAACCACAGCCUGAGCAGCAACGCUGUCUGUCUGUAACACUGUAUAGCUGUAACGCUGUCUGUGUAGAAACUAUGUGUCUGUAACACUGUAUGUCUGGAACACUGAUGACAAAUGAGCACAUUGCCUACAUGUGAUAAACUCAGAUCGGACGUUUACGUGUCUGUUUGGUUCUAAUGUGUUGGUGUGAUGCAUGCUGGGAAAGCCAGUCUGAACCAGCCUGUGCCUGUGUGCACCAUCAGCUGUUUUUUUUUUUUUUAAGCUUUUUUGAUCAAAGCCAGGCCUCUAACUGCUACAUUGCCACUAAUACUACGAGUACGACUGUUAACAGUUGUACCAGUGCUACCAGUAACACCACUACUAGUCCCAGUCAUGUCCCCAUCAAGUUCUUUUGCCCCAGUUAAGUCCAUCCUGAUCCAUUAUGAUGAUAAUAAUAAUAUAAAUAAUCAGUUGCUUUUACUUUGUAGUCAUUCAUUCAUAUAGGCUGAUUGGAGCCUUAAACAUAUUAUCAGAGCAACACACAGGAGCAACUACCCUUACAAAUACUUGAUGUACCUUAAUGAACUAUUGAUCCAA